AUGGCAACCAAUCUUUUAAAGAAUGACGAGUGGUGGAAUGGUCCAGACUGGGUAAGGAACUACAACCCGAGACAGGAAGAAUUGAGUAAACCCACAAACGAAGUUCUACUAGAAGCAAAGGCAUUCAAGAUUCGUGAAGUACAAAGUACACGCGUUCACGUGAGUGCGAUAGACGAAGCGGUUGGGAACAUUUCUAAAGUCAUUACAUGCGAAGAUUAUAGUAGUGUCAGUCGGCUGUAUUCCGUCACAGCCUAUGUUCUAAGAUUUAUUGAGAAUCUAAAACGAAAACGACAAGGAACGUCAUUAGUUAAGGAGUGUUUAACGGCCGAAGAAUUAGGACGGGCCGAAUAUUACUGGUUGUUAUUCAUACAGAGAGACGUACGUUCGGACAGCAACUAUGUCGAGAAGAAGAAUCGUUUGGGACUGUUCGAAGACACUAAAGGAAUCAUUCGUUGCAAGGGACGACUAGCUAACGCAGAAAUAUCAUACGAAGAGAAAUACCCUGCAAUCAUUCCAAGAAAGCAUCACUUUACAACAAUAACCAUACGAGAUUGUCACAGCCGGGUCGGACACAACGGAGUGCGUGAAACCUUAGCCGAAGUCCGGUCACGUUUUUGGAUCGAAAGGGGGCGACAGGUAGUUCGAAAUGUGAUAACUAAAUGCGUUGUAUGUCGUCACUUUGAAGGACGCUCUUAUCCUGACGUCAUCCCAAGUCCACUACCCUUUUCUCGAGUGAGUUGCGAUCCAGCUUUUACCUACGUCGGCGUUGACUUCGCUGGCCCCUUAUACGUUAAGGUUGCUUCUAACAGCAAGGAAAGUACUUUAGCAAAGGCUUAUUUGACUUUGUUUACGUGCGCUAGUUCGCGUGCAGUUCACUUAGACUUAGUCCCAGAACUGUCUACACAAGCAUUCCUUCGAUGUUUCCGGCGCCUUAUGGUACGGCGUGGAAUUCCCAAGGAAAUGAUAAGUGACAAUGCACUCACGUUCAAGGCGGCGUCCAGACAAAUCGCGAGAUUGCUGAAAGAACCUGAAAUCCAGAAAUUCUUAGGUGUUAAACGAAUAUCAUGGAAGUUCAAUCUUGCUCGAGCCCCUUGGUGGGGUGGUUUUUUCGAACGCAUGAUAAAGUGUGUGAAAAGGUGCUUGAAGAAGAUACUUGGUACGGCGAAGUUGAGUUAUGACGAGUUGUUAACGGUAAUUGUAGAUGUUGAAGCAAUCCUGAAUUCUCGGCCGCUGACCUAUUUGGAUAAUGAUGAUAUGGCUGAACCACUUACCCCAUCCCAUCUGAUUUCUGGUAAACGUGUUUUGUCUCUUCCUAAUGUCAAGAUUACACGACGUAUCGACGAUACAGAAAAUCAACAUCAGUCUCUAAACCGGCGUGCCAGAUAUUUGUCUACGAUCAUUGAUAAGAUUUGUCUACGAUGGAGGAAGGACUAUCUCCUAGCGUUGAGAGAGAACCACAAUCUAUCGGUAAAGAAGAAAUCUAUUGCACCUAUUGCUAUUGGAGAUAUGGUGAUAGUACAAGGCGAAGGAAUUAAGAUUCCAAGAUCAAUUUGGAAACUUGGUAGAGUCGAAAGUCUGCGCAAGAGCAACAAUGGAAGGGUUCGAGGAGCUGUUGUCAAGAUUGCAAAGGAAGACGAGUUACGAUGUUACGACAGACCUAUUAAAAAGUUGUAUCCCUUGGAGGUGAAUUACGAGUCUAACGAAACCGAAUCUACAACCGAUCAAGAGCCUGAGAUUGUGCCUGUUCGAAGAUCAACGAGAACUGCAGCAGUUGUGGGAAAUCACCGCAGACAAUUAAUUGACCAGUGGAUAAAUGAAAUGGACUAA